AUGAUGAAUCUGAGUCAACCGUGGGCAGCAGAGACUUUCGGCCUCUGUUUCGCAUCCUUGAAUGACUCCUGUAUGAAGAUAGUUUAUUCUCCUGUCUUUCGUGUUCCUCUCUACCUGGUCUUUACUAUAACCAUCUUAAUGAUAGUGUUCGGCAACCUGUGGGUCAUCUGCACCAUCUCCUCUUUCCAGCAGCUCCACACACCCACCAACUACCUGAUCGUCUCAAUGGCCGUAUCUGACCUGCUCUUGGGCAGUUUUGUCAUGCCUCCGAGCAUGAUACGCUCUUUGGAGACAUGCUGGUACUUUGGAGAGUUUUUGUGCAAGUUUCACUCCGGCACAGAUUUUAUGCUGUGUAAUGCAUCUGUUUUGCACCUCACUUUCAUCUCAAUUGACCGUUACUAUGCGGUCUGUCAGCCGCUCCGAUAUCACAGCAGAAUGACCACACGUGUCAGUGUGUUCAUGAUCAUGGUCAGCUGGGGCUUUUCUGCCUUUUUUGGCUUUGGAAUCAUAUUCUCAGAGCUGAAAAUCGAAAGAAAAAGAACCGAGGAGCUGCAUGUUGCUUGCAAGGGAGGGUGUUUAGCAUUGCAUGGAAGAGAAAUCGGAGUCACAUAUUCACUUGUUUUUUACUUCCUCCCUAUGUUUAUAAUUGUGAGCAUUUACAGCAGGAUUUUUGUUAUAGCACUCAAACAUGUUCGUGUUAUUAAUAGCUACCCCACAAGCUUAUUGUCAGUUAGUAAAAAGGAUCUAAAAGCCACUAAGACGCUUGCUAUUGUCAUUGGAGUUUUUAUGUCUUGCUGGACACCUUACUUCAUGUGUAACAUCAUAGAUCCUAUUGUUAACCAUACAAUACCAGCACUGUUAUAUGAGGUGCUAAUGUGGGUGGCUUAUUUGAAUGCAGUCUUGAACCCCUUAAUUUAUGCUUUCUUUUACAGCUGGUUUAGAGAAAAGUCCAAAAUGUUAUUUAAAAAACUGUAUAAAUUGUGGUAA